GGAAAACAACAAAUUAUAAAAAAAAACAAAAGAAUAAGAAGCGAUCCCUUAACUUCUUCUCUCUCUCAAAAAAAAAAACAUUUUUUAUUUUUUAUUUUGCCCCUCAUUUUAUCCACUCCCAGCGCCAGCCGAUCCCAUUAUCAGCUGUGUGGAACGAAAAAAACAAAAAAAAAAAAGCCCAAAGCCAAAGAGUACCGACCUUUCCCUUCUUUAAGAAAAAGAAACAUUAAGAAAUCAAACAAUUUUCCACAAUAAUCACGAAACCCUGUAAACUCUGUCUCUCUCUGAGUCUCGAGAAUCUCCCUCGUCUUAAUACAAUUUUUCUCUGACUUUCUUUUUUUCGGUUUUCGGGGUCCCCUUUAUAUCUUUUCUAUUGGAGGCUUUGGGUUUUUUUUUUUUUUGAUAGCCAUGGCCGACGGAGAACAACAACGUUAACAUCACCACCGGCGUCGUCGACAAUAAAAGGCGGAGACCUUAAAAUUCUCGAAAGUUUGGAUUUUUAUUUGUACUUUGUUUUUGGGUUUUGUGCCUGUUUUUCUUCCCUUUAGGGUUAGAGUAGUUUUCUAAUUGGAUUCCCCAAUUUUGGUGAUGUAAUCUUUCCUUAAUAGUCUUAUUAUAUAAGGAAAAAAAAAGGAUUAGCCUUUUCUUCUGUAAUUUCAGUUUCAAUUUUGGUUGUAUCCUCCUAAAUACCUACAAUCAGCAAUUAUUUGAUUCUUACCUCUCCAUUUAUUCUUUUUCUUUUUAUUUUAUAUAUCUAGGAAGAAAAGAAAAAAAAUCUGUGAAAGAAUUAUCAAUAAAAUUUUGAUUAAUUAUCAUUUGGUUGCAUAAAAAAAGUGAGACAGAGAGAGAAAAAGAAAAGAAAAAAAUUCUAAAAAUUAAGAAUAAUGAGUAGUCCUGGAUUGGGACAUCGAAACAGUGGGCAAAGAUUAGGCAUCACGGAACCUAUUUCGUUGGGUGGACCGACUGACUAUGAUGUGAUCAAAACCCGAGAGCUCGAGAAGUAUUUGCAAAAUGUGGGAUUGUAUGAGAGUCAAGAGGAGGCUGUUAGUCGGGAGGAAGUCCUGGGGAGGCUAGACCAGAUUGUGAAGAAUUGGGUUAAAGCAAUUAGCCGUGCGAAAGGUUUAAAUGAGCAAUUGGUCCAAGAAGCAAAUGCUAAGAUAUUCACCUUUGGUUCUUAUCGACUAGGGGUGCAUGGUCCUGGUGCAGAUAUAGAUACACUUUGUGUGGGGCCGAGACACGCAACACGUGAAGAGGAUUUCUUUGGUGAACUACACAAGAUGCUAUCAGAGAUGCCUGAGGUAUCGGAAUUGCACCCUGUGCCUGAUGCUCAUGUCCCAGUCAUGAAAUUCAAAUUCAAAGGAGUUUCCAUAGAUCUUCUUUAUGCAAAACUCUCACUUUGGGUUAUUCCUGAAGACUUAGAUAUUUCACAAGACUCUAUUUUACAAAAUACAGAUGAGCAGACAGUUCGUAGUCUUAACGGUUGCAGAGUCACUGACCAAAUUUUACGGUUGGUUCCAAAUAUUCAGAAUUUCCGGACAACUUUGAGAUGCAUGAGGUUUUGGGCAAAACGUCGUGGUGUUUAUUCUAAUGUUUCUGGUUUUCUUGGUGGUAUAAACUGGGCAUUGCUUGUUGCUCGUAUAUGCCAGCUAUAUCCUAAUGCUCUGCCCAAUAUGUUAGUUUCUCGAUUUUUUAGGGUGUAUACCCAGUGGCGUUGGCCAAAUCCAGUCUUGCUUUGUGCAAUUGAGGAAGGAUCUCUUGGUCUUCAAGUUUGGGAUCCCCGAAGAAAUCUGAAAGAUAGAUAUCACUUGAUGCCUAUAAUUACUCCUGCUUAUCCUUCCAUGAAUUCUAGUUACAAUGUGUCAUCGAGUACUUUGCGAAUCAUGACAGAUGAAUUUCAGAGGGGUAAUGAAAUUUGUGAGGCUAUGGAGGCAAACAAAGCUGACUGGGAUACCCCUUUUGAGCCUUAUGCUUUCUUUGAAGCAUACAAGAAUUAUCUACAAAUAGACAUCUCUGCAGAAAAUGCUGAUGAUUUAAGGAAGUGGAAAGGCUGGGUUGAGUCCCGUCUCCGUCAACUCACAUUGAAGAUUGAAAGGGAUACAUAUAACAUGCUUCAGUGUCACCCACAUCCUGGCGAUUUUCAAGACAAAUCUAGGCCUUUCUGUUGCAGCUACUUUAUGGGUUUGCAACGCAAACAAGGAGUUCCAGUAAAUGAAGGUGAACAAUUUGAUAUAAGGUUAACUGUCGAGGAGUUUAAACACUCUGUUAAUAUGUACACUUUGUGGAAGCCUGGAAUGGAAAUCCAUUUAACCCAUGUAAAACGUAGGAACAUACCUAGCUUUGUAUUUCCUGGUGGUAUCCGACCUUCCCGUCCAUCUAAAGUAACCUGGGAUAGUAGGAGGGUAUCAGAUACAAAAGUUUCUGGCCAUGGUGUAUCAGACAAGUUGGGUGAAGUUAAAGGCGCUUCAGAUGGACAGGAUGAAGGAAAGAAGAGGAAGAGGGUAGAUGACAAUGUAGACGCUCAAUUGAAAAACAGCAAAUAUAUUACUGCUGUGCCUUCCUCUAGUCCAGAAGUUAACUUGGGUAGUCCUGUCAGCACUGUGAGUUCUUGUUCCAUUAAGGUUGACCAUUCAGAUGCAAUGAGAUUGGUUGAAACAUCAAGGGAAAAAGCUGGGAAUAAUACGACGAAUGGCUUAAUAAAUUCAAGAAACAUGGAAGAGCUUUCUUAUCAUAAUGGUGAGGUUGAUGGGGCACUUAGAUGUAUUAUUCCAAAUAAGGAUUUUCUUGUGACUGCUGAUGCAUCAAGCUGUAAAGAGGCUGAGAAGUUGGCUAUUGAGAAAAUAAUGUCUGGUCCAUAUGUUUCCCACCAAACAUUUCCACAGGAACCUGAAGAGCUUGAAGACGAUUUAGAAUUUAGAAACCAGGUCAGAUCUGUGGGGAACACUAAUAGUGGCCCUCUGGAGUCUUCAAUGUCAGAUUCGGCAGGUGCAGCCCCAGUACUAUCAAGCAAUGGAGCUGGUCCUUCCACCGGUUUAGAUGCUAGUUGGGUUAUAGAGGAGUUAGAGCCUGCGGAGCUUACUGCAUCAAUACCAAUACCAUCUGUGCCACUGGUCGAGAGGAAGCCGCUAAUAAGAUUGAACUUCACUUCCUUGGGUAAAGCUUCUGAGAAAAGUGGGUGAGAGGGAGUUGGAAAGGUUUAUGUAUGAUAAGUGAAGUUAAUUCUUCACUGUAGUCCUUUCUGGCCUUUUUGUAACAGCUAAGAUUUAUAGUUAAUAAAAAAAAAAGAGUUUGCGAAAGUUCCAUCUUUUAAUUGUGUCAAUGAAAUGUAGAUUGCUACAUGGUAAUAUUGAUAAAGCAGCUGGAAACGUAAUCGGUGAAUGCCGGCUGUUAUAUUACUUAUGCCUUAAGCUUGUCUUUUCCUUUUGCUAUUGCAUUACAUUAAUUACGUGGAUUUUUUUUCCCAAGUCUGCACGAAGGUUUAUGGUUAUCACAUGUGGGUUAGCUGUAAUUAACAAAGAAUAUUAACUGACGUUUAUACCUGGCCAAAA